AUGUCGCGGCAUUCGUCUUUCCGCUGCUCGAAGUUCCGUCACGUCUACGGAAAGCCGGCCACCAAGGAACACAGCUACGACGGGGUGCCGAUCACCCGCAGCGUCCACGACAACCACCACUGCUCUGCCAAUCCCUGCUUCAUCGCCGUGGUGACCGAGUGCGCCGGGGGCGGCUCCUUUUUAGUCCUGCCCGUCCAUCAUACAGGGAGGGUGGAUCCUCAGCACCCCAGGGUGUGUGGUCACAGUGGUCGAGUCCUUGACGUGAAGUGGAACCCGUUUGAUGACCAUUGCAUCGCCUCGUGUUCGGAGGACUGCACCGUUAAGAUCUGGGACAUCCCUGUCUGUGGCGUGCAACAGAACCUAACCAAGGCCAGGAAGACUCUGAUUGGUCACUCCAGGAGGGUGGGGCUUAUCGAGUGGCAUCCAACGGCCGAAAACCUGCUGCUAAGCGCCGCCUACGACUACAAGGUUCUCCUCUGGGACGUGUCCCAGGCAGGUGCAGUAAUCAGGUUCCCGGUCCGGGUGGUUCUGAUGCCCGUCCACCACCGCUACCCGUCCGAGGCGCUGCUACUUUCCGUCAGCUUCAACAGCGAUGGCAGCAGGCUGGCGGCCUCGUGCAAAGACAGACGGGUCCGAGUCCUGGACCCACGAACUGGAAAGAUUUUACAGGUGUCCAGCAAUAAGACCCACAGGGCCACUAAGGUUUUGUACAUCGGAGGGCUGAAGAUGCUCCUGUCCACUGGCAGCUCGCCCUGGAACCACAGACAGAUCGUCCUCUGGGACCCUGACGACCUCUCUGAGCCUCUGUACGAAGAAGAUUUGGACGGGUCGGCGGGAGUUCUCUUUCCGUUCUACGAUCCAGACACACAUAUUCUCUACUUAGCUGGAAAGGGCGACGGGAACAUCCGCUACUACGAGCUGAGCGCGGAGAAACCGUACAUUAGCUUCCUCACAGAGUACAGGUCCCUGUUGCCACAGAGAGGACUCGGAGUGAUGCCAAAGCGAGGCCUGGAUGUGAACGCCUGUGAGGUUUUCCGGUUUUACCGUCUGAUUGCUGUCAAAGACCUCGUGGAACCACUGUCAAUGAUCGUGCUACGGAAAGAGGCUAGUAUUUUCCAAGAGGAUCUGUACCCGAUGACAGCCGGAAACCAGGCGGCCUUGACGGCUCAGGAGUGGCUGUCGGGGAUCAACCGGGGCCCGGUGCUGAUGUCCCUGAAGCCUGGCACUCGACUGGCCAACCCUUACCCGGAAUCCCCAGCUGAGAAGGGACUGGUGAGGCAGCUGGGCAACCUCAGGUUCCAGAUGGGCCCAGCUGAUGGCGCAGUGACUGGGACACACCUGGACUUUAUGGAAGAGGCAUUCCUCCAAGAGCAGCUGGCGUACCAGGAUGCCAAAUACCCCAGAGACCUCAGCGAUCUGUCGGGGUGGCAGCCAGACGAGACCCAGAUCCCGCUGUUGAUGUACUGCUGCACUCCACACUGCUGCGAACCUGCGGAGAGGCCGCCGCCAACCACCGAGAGCGAGCUCCUGCAGUCGUUUUACAGGCAGCAAGACGAGAUCCGAGGCCUGAGGGAACAACUUAAUCAGAAAGAGGUGAGAAUCACUCAACUGGAGCUGGAGAUCAAAAACACCAGAAACAACAUGAGGGCGACUUUCUGAUUCGACCAAUCAAAUCUCACGCCGCCGUUUUAUCAGUGAACCAAUU